AUGAAUUCUUUCCAAUCAAAUCAUAUAAGCCAAUCUCCAUUUCUCAAGCCGUCAUCUUCGCGUCAUUUUAACACCCCUUACGGGCUGAAUAAUAAUAAAGAAAACUAUUCUAAGUUUUCAAGUAUUUGUUCAAAUCCUUCAAUAAGGAGGGACAUUCUGCCGGCUGAAUGUAUCCAUGCUUGGGAAACUAGUUUGGAUAAAGAACUAAAUAAAAUCUUAAGAGAAACCUUAAAUGGACCCAACAAAGAAAAUCGAAAUAACACUUUAGUUGAUCACAGUAUCAGGAAAUUGAAAGAGCUGUAUGAUGCCCGAGACGAGCUGGACAUUUUUAAGCUACUAUUAACAGACAUAGCAGAACUUCUGAGCCUAGAAAUUCCGAAUAUCGAAACUAAAAAUCGUGCUGUUGGUAACUAUUCCAUACCCCAAUUUCUCGAAUUAGUAGAAACAAACCAUUUACUAAUGACGAAGGUCAAUGAGAUGCAAAAAGCAAUAAAUAUUUUCAAUAUAAAGAAAUCUGUGGUGAUAGAUAGAAUGCAGAAACGAUUGGAGAAUACAAACUUGACUUCGAUUCAAGAGGUCCCCAGCUGCAAUCAAACAGUUGAUAGUGACUGGAAGGAGUUUAACUCCACAAAUAGGAUUACUAAACAAGAAAAGUUAGAUAAUAUUGACGAAAGCUUGAACCUCUCCGACUCUCUAAAUAGUGAGUCGGAUACAAUUGAUGGCUAA